UCACCGUCCGCGCCUCCGUGCGUGAGUAUUUGAUGAGAGGUUAGGUUUGCCGGCGCGAAGUUCCUGAGAAAUCGUUCCGUGGUGGCAUUUCGAUAAUUCAAGAUUGAUUACAGCGAGGUCCAAAACCGAAGAAGCUUAAGAGCGAGAUAAACAAGAUAUUUCGGGAAGAAUUGAAAUAACAAAGGCAGCCAAGUAGCGCCAAGUGUCUUAACCUCGUGCUUAACCUCCGAUGCUCGCGUAAGUCCUGUGAAUAAUAAUUGUGCGUUUAGCAUACGGUGACCAUGGCAUUCACAUUGAAAGGGGUCAGCAGUAUAUUUCUACGUUGGAGCAGCGGUUCUCGGGUGUCUAUAAGAAUAUCACGGGUAUGCACUGCAAAUUUCUCUAUCAAGGCAGAUAUCCCAGAAGUGGAACAAGAGGUUGAAAAGUUGAAGACACCAGUAGGGAAUGGCAAAUUGUUUAAAAGUGUAGAAGAAGCUGUGUCUGAUGUACACAAUGGAGCCAAACUUUUGGUUGGUGGAUUUGGCCUAUGUGGCAUCCCGGAAAAUUUAAUAGCAGCUGUACUGAAAAAAGGUUCCAAAGAUUUAACAGUAGUCUCAAAUAAUGCUGGAGUAGAAGACUUUGGACUGGGUAUAUUGCUGAAGGCACACAGGAUUAAGCGGAUGAUUGCAUCAUAUGUAGGUGAAAAUCCUGAAUUUGAGAGGCAGUAUCUUAGUGGUCAGUUGGAGGUCGAGUUGACACCACAGGGUACUUUGGCAGAACGUGUGAGAGCAGGUGGUGCUGGGAUUCCAGCUUUUUAUACUCCCACGGCUUUCGGUACUAUAGUGCAGGAGGGCAACGUCGUUGUAAAAUAUGACAAGGAUGGUAAUGCUGAGAUAUCAGGUGAGUCGAGGAAUGUUGGCCAGUUUGACGGACGGAACUACGUCCUGGAGACCGCCAUCACUGGUGACUUUGCACUUGUGAAGGCGUGGAAGGCUGACACCGCCGGUAACUUGAUCUUCCGGAAGUCCGCAAGGAAUUUUAAUCCUGUUAUGUGUAAGGCGGCUAAAGUGGCAAUCGUCGAGGUAGAGGAAAUUGUAGAACUUGGCCAAUUAAAUCCUGAUCAAAUUCAUCUACCCGGCAUCUUCGUGGACAGGAUUGUGAAGGGGCCGUCUUACGAGAAACGGAUCGAGAAACGCUCGACGAAACAAACAGUGAAGCCUAAAAAAGUGACGCCGGCUAGUAAAGCGAGGGACAGGAUUAUCAGGCGCGCUGCCCUUGAAUUUAAGGAUGGAAUGUAUGCAAACUUGGGAAUUGGUAUACCCAUGCUCGCUAGCAACUACAUCCCAAAGGGCGUGACAGUAACGUUGCAAUCUGAGAACGGUAUUCUCGGAUUGGGUCCCGUUCCGAACGAAGAGGACGUCGAUCCGGAUCUUAUCAAUGCUGGAAAGGAAACUGUAACGAUCUUGCCCGGCGCUGCUUUCUUUAGUAGUGAUGAGAGCUUCGGCAUGAUUCGAGGAGGUCACAUUGAUCUGACUAUUCUUGGAGGCAUGCAAGUGUCGGAGAACGGAGAUUUGGCUAACUGGAUGAUACCGGGAACGAUGGUAAAAGGUAUGGGUGGUGCUAUGGAUCUGGUUUCCGCGGCGAGCACCAAGGUAGUAGUAACUAUGGAGCAUACAGCCCGAGAUGGAAGUCCGAAAAUUUUGAAAAAUUGUACCUUGCCUGUCACAGGCCAACAAUGCGUAGAUUUAAUUAUCACAGAUCUCGGAGUAUUUGAGGUGGUAAAAGGAGAAGGAUUAAAGCUUAUUGAGAUUGCACAUAAUGUUGAUAUUAGCGAAGUUGUCAGUUCGACGGGCUGUGAAUUCAGUGUUGCCGAUGAUCUUAAAGAGAUGAGACAAGUCACAGAUGAGGAUUUAUAAAUCUAAUGUAAUAUAUUUCACAAAUUGUAAAUGUGAUACACAAUAUGAUAAUUCAAUACGAUGGAAAUCGUUCGAUGAUUGAAAGUAAAUUUUUCAUAUAUUUUUCGAACUAUACAUGUACAUACAACAAAUAAAUAGGGUUAUUGAUUAUGUAUAAUUAUGUUUCUGUUGUCUGUUUUUUGUAGAUCCAUACUUUUCAUUUAAUAUAUUGUAAUGUUAAAAUUAUUUGUAAACAUUACGAUUAGUACGUGAUUAGAUAUCUAUUAUCUAUGAAUCUGUAUACAAUGUAAUGUAAUUUUUAAAAUGUAUAUACAUAUAUUUCUGUUGGCUGUAAAUUAUAAAAAUGAUUUAUAAUACGUUUGUGCAAGUAAUCGAAAUCACAUUAUAUACUAUACAUUAUAUACUAAUUAGGAUUAUGGUAAAUAAAACGAUUUUAUAACAUAUCUUGUGAAAUAAAAGUUUUUAAUAUU